GGCUUUAUCCGCAGCCGCUGUGGGGACACGAAAGCGUUCGUUCAGGGAAGCAUGACUAGCGCCUGGAGCGUCUCGUGUUGGUUUCUGCUUCUUGCGGCGUCGCGGGCGACCGCUGCUCAACCAGGCGCAUCUAACGAGCCAAUCUUCUCCCCGGCUCUCUUGGCGUCCGAGUCCUAUGCAUGGCCGUCCGUGAAUCCCGUUUGGAGCGCCCACUACCGCGUAAUAAACCAUUGGUGGCACAACGGUCUUUGGGGAUACGUUGCCAGGCCAGCUGCUGCAGAUCAACGUCCCGACUCUGACCCACCGCACGCCGUCACUGCUAUUUUGUACGGUCCCACGUACAUACAAGGACGUGGCUGGACGUACGGCCCUGCUGGAACUGUCCUAGUCCCCAGGCAACCGCCGUAUGUGUCCCCAUACGACAUACACUCCAGACGCGGUAGGCCGCCAGGGGGCAACGACGGCGGGACGACUGAAACUCCGCAAGUCGCGGAGGUUCAACCACAGCCCUAUAGAAGAGGCAGAUGAAGACGUUUGGAUAAGGAACCGCUUCGAUCUUUCACAUCUUCAAUGCCAUGCAGCCUGCGGACAUCUAUAACUUCAGCGUUCUGCGUUCAGCGUUCAACAGCACAAGAUAUAAGGUCUGGAACUAAGACUCCGGGACACAUAAGUGCCUUGUUUACAAUAGGAACCUGAAGAUAUCACCAAUAAAUACGACAUUUCUGAACAAGAAAAAGAUGCACGAUGAGGAUAAGGAAAGAAAAGA